UUACGAACUCAUACCUUGUUAAUAAAUUCGAUUGAAAAAUACUGACAGCAAAUUUACGACAGAAACGGAGGACGUCGUGAUCACGGAACGCAGCCCAGAUUCUGAACACCAUCCACUGGAAUCGGAGGCGAAGUCUGAGAUAGAAUAUACAGAAGAACAGUUGACGGAAGCGGAAAUGGAUGAGCAAGAAGCGUCGGAAGUCGAAAUUACAACGGAGCUUUUGCCUACGAGCGCCGAACCACAAUCGGAACUAGAAACCGAGUAUCCGUCGGAACCGGAAUUUGAGGAAGAGGCAGCUGAAGACCAAGAGAAGGGAGAAGAAACGAAAGAACCCGAGGAGGAGCACAAGCACGAGGAGACAGAGGAGGAGCCAAAUGUUGCCCAAGAGACAGGUACCCCGGGCGAUGCGGCGGAAUGA